AGUCGUGCUUUUAAGCCGUCUUCGCGUUGUUCCUCACAGAAUUCUCAGGAAGUGCACAUCAGCCUAUACACCGUUGUGCACGCCCAUUAGCCGUUCCCAAGACGCGCCUCCGUUUUUUUAUUUUUCUUUCCUUUGCUGCGGAACAAGGCGACACGAGUCCCACGGAGGAUCGGCUCCGACCGUGCGAAGGCGAAGAAAUUAAGCACCUCUUUUGUUUGGAAAACAAACUCACAAAACAGCUACAAUAAAAUACAUACUUUCACGCAAAAAAGAAAGAAAAGGGAGUCAAAAAUGCCAGCUAACAAGGAUGACAAGCAGAACAACCCGUCACUGGAGUUGUUGAACCAGUAUGCCAAGUACUUCCCACACGUCCUCUUCACCAGCCAAGAUGCGCUGGAGAAGUACGCAUCAAAGAUGGACCCCGACACGUACCGCGACUGCGUGGAUCUGCAGGAGGGCGAGGAGCCGCCGGAGUCGACGAACCCGCGCGAGCACAUGUACGUGCUGACGAACCUCGUCGGCCGCAACCCGACCACGGCCGCCUUCGUCGCGACCCGCGGCUCCGACCCAAACGAGAAGGUCGUGGCGAAGUUUGUGAUGCUGAACGACGACAAGCAGGCCUCCUACGCGCGUAGCGAGCUGCACUGCCUGGCCGCCUGCACCCACUUUGGUAUUGUGAAGCACUACGACGACUUCAAGUCGGAGGACAAGCUGCUGCUGAUUAUGGAGUACGGCAGCGGUGGUGAUCUGAACAAGCAGAUCAAGCAGCGCCUGAAGGAGCACCUACCCUUCCAGGAGUACGAGGUGGGUCUUCUCUUUUACCAAAUUGUGCUGGCGCUGGACGAGGUGCACUCCCGCCGUAUGAUGCAUCGGGACCUGAAGAGCGCCAACAUUUUCCUCAUGCCCACCGGCAUCAUCAAACUGGGUGACUUCGGCUUCUCGAAGCAGUACAACGACUCCGUCUCCUUGGACGUCGGCUCGUCCUUCUGUGGCACGCCCUACUACUUAGCCCCAGAGCUGUGGGAGCGCAAGCGCUACAGCAAGAAGGCGGACAUGUGGUCCCUCGGCGUCAUCCUCUACGAGCUGCUCACGCUGCACCGCCCCUUUAAGGGCCCGUCGCAGCGGGAGAUCAUGCAGCAGGUGCUGUACGGCAAGUACGACCCCUUCCCGUGCCCGGUGUCCGCCAGCAUGAAGGCGCUGCUCGACCCCCUCCUGUCGAAGGACCCCGAGGACCGCCCAACGACGCAGCAGCUGCUGCAGACCGAGUUCAUGAAGUAUGUCACAAACCUUUUCCAGGACAUCGUGCGCCACUCCGAGACGAUCCCCCCAAAGGACCGGGAGGAGAUUUUGAAGCAGCUGCAAGAGAGCAACGAGCGAGCGCCGCUGCCGUCGUCGAUCCGCUACGGCGUGGUCAGCUCGCAGGUGACGCAGGGCGGCUACCUGUACAAGUACGGCUCCGAUUACCGCUGGAAGAAGCGCUACUUCUUCAUCGGCAACGGCCAACUGCGCAUCUCGCUCAGCGACAACCCCGAGAACGACGGGGUCGCACCCAAGUCGGUCAACCUGGCCACCGUGAGCGAUGUCUUCCCCGUCCCCGAGGUGUACUCGCAGAAGCAUCCGAAUCAGCUGGUGAUUUGGUUCAACAACGGACAAAAAAUCAUCGCCUACGCCAACACAGUAGAGGACCGCGACAUGUGGAUCUCCAAGUUCCAUCGCGCAUGUGGGAUGUGA